AUAUUUUUAGCAUUGAAUUAUACUACAAAAUGAGUUCUGUAGGGUCAAAUCUGUAUUCUAGCACACUUGUUAAGUGUGCAGUUGCAGGAGCUGGGCUUUGUUUUCUUGGAUAUUGCAUAUAUUUUGAUAAUAAACGUAGAAGUCACCCAGAUUUUAAGAAAAGACUGAAAGAACGUCGUAAUAAAUCAAAAGUGGGAAAGUCAUCAAAAGCUUCUGAAAUUCAGCUUCCAGACUUACAAAACCAGGAGGCUGUUCAGAAGUUUUUCUUUGAGCAAGUUCAACUUGGAGAAGAACUGCUGGCAGCAGGUGAUGUUGAGAAUGCAGUAGAACAUCUGAGUAAUGCUGUACCUUUGUGUGGACAACCACAGCAACUCCUACAGGUUCUGGAGCAGACAUUGCCACCCCAGGUGUUCCAGCUUCUAAUACAGAAAUUACCAGAAGUCAACAAGCGCUAUGCAUCAAUGUUUGCAUCCUCAUUUCAAAUGCCUUCAUCAGCGCAGGCCGCAAAAGGACCAACCUUGACUGUUGUUGAAGAUGAUGUAGAAUAAGGUGGAAAGACAAAGAAGAAGAGAACAAAAAUAACAAAUCCAUUUACUGAUAACCAUGAACACUCUUAGCAGCACAUGCCACAGACCAAUACCUGAUUUGUACACAUAAAUGACAAGAUGUUUGUGAUAUGUAUAUCAAUUUUUAAAAAGCUUAAAUCAUUAAACAUAAUUUGAAAAGACA